AUGCCGCGAAGCGAAACUGGCGCGACCACCACCGACCAACUGGACGACGCAAUAAACGUGCCAAUUGAAUCAUUACCGGGUGGCAAUAAUGAGAAAUCAUUCACGUUAUCCCCUUCCAAGGAUGAUGAGGAACCUUCGCUUCUCUCUAUGGAAGGUCCAUCAGUCGUCGAUGGCUUGUCCACUAGGCAACACAUCGCCUUCAUCGCUAUUAUCUGCAGCGCUCAGUUUUUGAACAUGUCCGGGCUGGGACAGACUCUGGGGGUGAUGCAGCUCAUCGGGGAUGCCUUUGGAAUGAAUUCGGAUCAGUUCCCCUGGCUGGUGGCAGGAUACAGCCUUACGGCGGGAACCUUUGUCCUCGUGGCAGGUCGCAUGGGCGAUUGCUUUGGCUACAAACCACUCUUCCUCGGUGGCAUGGUCUGGUUCUCCCUCUGGUCGGUCAUCUCCGGUUUGAGUGUUUACGCCAGUUCAGGCACUAUGUUUAUCAUCGCUCGGACGCUCCAAGGAAUCGGCCCUGCAGUCCUCCUCCCCAACGCCCUGGCUAUCUUGGGCGUCUCAUGCCGCGCGGGGAUUCAGAAGAAUAUGGCAUUUGCCCUGUUUGGCGCUAGUUCCCCUCUAGGAGGCGUGGGUGGAUAUCUCGUCGCCGGACUCUUCAACUUGGCUUGGUGGCCAUGGGCGUUUUGGAGCACGGGAAUCAUCCAAGCGGUUCUAGUCGUGGUGGGCAUCUUCGCCAUUCCCCGCCUGCCCAAAAGUCCCGACCAGAGCAACAAUAUGAACAAAUCUCUGCAGGAAAAGAUUGAACAGCUCGAUGUGUGGGGAUCAGUCUCUGGCGUGGCCGCCUUGGUGCUGAUCAAUUUCGCGUGGAAUCAAGGGUCCUCAGUGGGCUGGAAACAGCCCUAUAUAGCCGUCACUCUCGCCCUGGGCUUAAUCUUUGCCGCGGUCUUCUUCGUGAUUGAACGUUGGUUUGCCAAGGUGCCUCUGAUCCCCUUUACAGCCUUCACAGGCAAUGUUCCGCUCGUGGUCUCUUGCAUCGCAUGUGGAUGGGCUUGUUUUGGGAUCUGGGUCUUCUAUAUCUCCGAGUUCUUUCUGGUGCUCCGAGGCACAUCCCCGAUUCUGCUCGCCGCGUGCAUGUCACCGCUGGCAAUAGUCGGACUACUCGCCUCUGUCGUGGUCGGGGCGCUGCUUCACCGCAUCCCCGUCUCCUGGAUCAUGACAUUUUCCCUGACCUGCUUCAUGAUUGGGACCGUUCUCCUCGCUACGACCCCAGUGGAGCAGACAUAUUGGGCGCAGCUUUUCGUCGGGAUGCUAAUCAUCCCGUGGGGUAUGGAGACGUCGUUCCCGACCGCUACGGUGCUUAUUUCCAACACGAUGAAGAGUGAGCAGCAAGGCAUGGGCGCGUCUCUUGUAGCUACCAUAGUCAACUACAGUAUCUCCCUGGGUCUCGGGGUCGGGGCCACCGUGCAGUUGUAUGUCGCACAUAGAAGCGAGGAACAGGAUCAAUUGCUUCAUGGCUACCGCGCCGCCCUGUGGACGGGCGUGGGAUUUGCGGGCGUGGGUGUCAUUCUCAGUCUGCUCAUGAUCGCUCGCUCCUCUCAUUCUACGUCAAAAUCCUUGGAUUCGGCAGCUAUUACGGACUCUGGGAGGUAG